CGUUGUUACACUUGUGCUUUAAAGGGGACCGAAAACAGCGUCGGACUAGUGUGGGCGUGGCGAAAGCUUCCUGGUUUGACAGAAAACGACUAGUGUAUUGACUUUACAGUUCCGAGUAUUGUUGAGAGCGGAGGAGCCAUGCCUUUCCUCCACGGGUUUCGAAGGAUCAUCUAUGAGUAUCAGCCGCUGGUGGAUGCUAUCAUGUGCGUUGUUGGACUGGAGGAAGAACAUGGUAGUCGGGAAAGUAGAGUCAAAAACCCAGAGGACGAGUCUGGUCUGUGUAGACCUCUAGUGGAGCUUCUGGAGCGGGAAACCCAGUCUGAAGUGUUCUUGGAGGGCAUCAGCUAUGCAGUGUUUAAAGUGGCAGAGCGGGGUCUGAUAUAUGCAGCUGAAAUCCUUCUGCGCUAUGGAGCUGACGUAAACUUUGAAGACCCAGUGUCAUACUACAAUCCACUACAUAUAGCAGUUUUGAGGAGCAGGCCAAACAUGGUGAGACUGCUGGUCGAGCAUGGAGCAGACAUAGAGAAGAGGGACAGGAUUCAUGAGAGCAGUCCCUUGGAUCUUGCCAGUGAGGAGUCAGAGAGGCUUGCCUGCCUGCUCACCCUGCUGGACCUGGGUGCUGACGUCAAUGCAAGGGAUAAACAUGGAAAAACACCUUUGCUCCAUGCCUUGGCGAGCAGCGAUGGACUUACUGUGCACAACAGAGAGAACAUCCAGCUUCUACUUCAGAGAGGUGCUGAUGUAAAUGCUGCUACUGUAGAUGGCGAAACAGUUGAGUCCUCGUUGGUGUUUCUGGUUAAGGAGGCUCUGGAAGCCAGUGCGGAUGAUGCUGCUGAGAUCGGUAAAUUCUGCUUGAAAACCACACAGCUGCUGCUGGCCCAUGGCAUGGACCCCAGCUGCUGUCUGAAUGAGAAUGGCGAGCCCUGCCUGACACAGACCAGCCUGGAGCACUUUGACCUGCUCUUCCCUCUGGCUGUACUCUUAAUCCAGAGUGGAGCCUCUUUGUCCUGCACCUAUCACGUCAAUUACUGUUGGUCAGGUUAUAGCCUGCUUUUCCAGCGCCUCCAAACAGCCCUGCAGCAAUGCUCUGAUCCAAGUCACACAUCUGAGCUCCUGGAGCAGGCUGAGGUGUUGCUUGACUUAGCGAGGGUAAAUGUCCCCACGCUGUUUCUCCCUCCAAGGCCUGAGCUCCCUGUGCCAGGUCAGGAUCCUCACCCAUAUGCUCAGGCUCUGGUAGACCUGCACAACCGGGCCAUAGAGCAUGGUGCAAGCCCUCCUGCUCUGCGAUGCCUCUGUAGGGCAUUCAUAAGGAGCCACCUACAGCCUUGGCCCCUGGAGAACAAAGUUAAAGCCUUGCCUUUACCAGACAGACUAAAAGACUUUCUUCUUCCUGAGCAGACGUACAUCCCAAAGCCUGGCUGGGACCACUUCAAGCCUCAGCAGAGCCAGCGCUGAUGAUAUUGGCUUUUGGCUAGUUUUUCUUUUGUCUACACGAAAGACUGGGCAGCCCCAUAAUAAUACGUAUAAAAUGUCUGAGCAUCUGUCUAUAAAUGAACUUGGACCUAACAAAUCAGUGAGGCCUUUGUUGAAUUCUUGUUCUAUGUUGUUAUGCUAUAAAUACAGGCAAAUUUGUGUAUGUUUGCUCAAAGAUACAGUGGGUACAAAUUCGCCUUUGACUUGUAAAUAAGUUGUCACUGUGAUUAAAUUGUUCUACAGUUGA